UUGAUUGACUUUUGCAUAAUUAAGGCCAGUUUCGCGGGGCUCUUAGUACUUGCUGGCCAGCUAGAUGAAGCUAUUUGUCAGCAUGCGUUCUAUUAUGCAGUAUGGAGCAAAUAUGGAGUGCUUCCUGAACGCUACAAUUGGUUCCUCAAGCGCCCCGAUGUGAGCUUCUACCCGUUGCGUCCAGAAUUUGUCGAGUCCACGUAUUUGCUGUACCAGGCAACCAAGAAUCCUUUUUAUCUACAUGUUGGGCGAGAAAUACUCGACUCAUUGAAUACCAGGACUAGGGUAAGAUGUGGAUUUGCGACAGUUCAUAAUGUGGACGACGGUAGUCUGGAAGAUCGAAUGGAAUCCUUCUUUCUCGCGGAAACCAUGAAAUAUUUAUAUCUAUUGUUCGAUGAGGAUAAUCCCGUGAAUCGACAUCAGGAGCGAUUGCUUUUCACCACUGAGGGCCAUAUUGUACCGGUUCUUCAACAGUUCAGGAACCACUCCUUUCUGGAACCUGAGGAUUCUACCUCAGACUCAGACGAUUCACAAAACUGGUGGAGCGGAUUGGAACCGAGUGUGAUCAUGACAUUGUGUGAGUUUUUCGUCAUUUCAUCGCAUCCUUACGACAGGCACUUCUCAAAGGUAACCCCGCUUGACUCAGGACAGGAGUGA